GGGAGCGUCGGAGGAGGGCCUAGUGCGCAUGAGCAGCUCGUAAGCGGCCUAUUCCUUUCCGGUCGGCGAGGGAGCGCGGGCGGCGGCGGCAAGUCGACAUGGCGGGGGCUGCGGGCGGCGCGACGGGCUCGGCCCGAAAGCGGCUGAUGAAGGAGGAGGACAUGACCAAAGUGGAGUUCGAGACCAGCGAGGAGGUGGACGUCACCCCCACCUUCGACACCAUGGGCCUCCGCGAGGACCUCCUGCGCGGCAUCUACGCCUACGGCUUUGAGAAACCUUCAGCUAUCCAGCAGAGAGCAAUCAAACAGAUAAUUAAAGGAAGAGAUGUGAUUGCACAAUCACAGUCUGGGACAGGAAAAACAGCAACAUUUUCCAUCUCUGUUCUACAGUGCCUCGACAUUCAGGUUCGGGAAACCCAAGCUUUGAUCCUGGCACCUACUAGAGAAUUGGCCGUACAGAUUCAGAAGGGGCUUCUUGCUCUUGGUGACUACAUGAAUGUCCAGUGUCAUGCCUGCAUUGGUGGUACCAACGUUGGUGAAGACAUCAGGAAACUGGACUACGGACAACACGUUGUUGCUGGCACACCAGGGCGUGUAUUUGAUAUGAUUCGUCGCAGAAGUCUAAGAACACGAGCUAUAAAAAUGUUGGUUUUGGAUGAAGCUGAUGAGAUGCUUAAUAAAGGUUUCAAAGAACAGAUUUAUGAUGUGUACAGAUACCUACCUCCAGCAACACAGGUAGUUUUGAUCAGUGCCACCUUGCCACAUGAGAUCUUGGAGAUGACCAACAAAUUUAUGACUGACCCCAUCCGCAUUUUGGUAAAACGUGAUGAGUUGACUCUGGAAGGGAUUAAACAGUUCUUCGUGGCAGUAGAGCGAGAAGAAUGGAAGUUUGAUACUUUGUGUGACCUCUAUGACACACUGACCAUUACACAAGCUGUCAUCUUCUGUAAUACCAAGAGGAAGGUUGACUGGCUGACUGAAAAGAUGAGAGAAGCCAAUUUCACUGUUUCAUCUAUGCAUGGCGACAUGCCUCAAAAGGAGAGGGAAUCUAUCAUGAAAGAAUUCAGAUCAGGAGCAAGCCGGGUGCUUAUUUCUACAGAUGUUUGGGCCAGAGGCUUGGAUGUACCUCAAGUGUCCCUAAUCAUUAACUAUGACCUGCCCAACAACAGAGAAUUGUAUAUACACAGGAUUGGGAGAUCAGGCCGUUAUGGCAGGAAGGGUGUUGCUAUCAAUUUUGUAAAGAAUGAUGACAUUCGUAUUUUGCGAGAUAUUGAGCAGUACUACUCCACUCAGAUUGAUGAAAUGCCGAUGAAUGUUGCUGACCUCAUUUGAAGAAAGAAGAUGGGCCUAAGAGAAGACUUCUUGUUAGCUGUGAUUUGUUACUCAAUAGCACCCGACUGCUUUUAAUUUCAUUUAUGGACUUUUCCCUUAAAAUCUUUACUAGCAUAAUUCUGAAAUGGUUAGCUGUACACCUUACUCCAGGCUAAGCAGCUAUUGUUAAAUACAGUACUGAAAGACCAGUGUGAAAAAAUUAGAAGCUGUCAAGAAUCUUUUUAUUUUUAACAGCCUUGUUGUGGAAUUUCCUAAAGGUAGAGAAUUAUUAUUUUAAUUUUCUUGAUGGAAGCUGUAAAGUAACAUCUCUGUAAAUAAGCUGUCAACCUACAUGCUUUCCCCCCCCCCUCAUUAAACAGUGAUGUUUUGAUACAAA